CGGAAGUGCGAGUCAGAAGGAACUAGAGAGACCGAUUCCUUCUUCUCUCUUCUUUGUGACGAGCGACGCGCGGCGUUGAACCCUCGGUCAGCGACGCCGCAGCGUGUUGUAGCGCCCGUCGGAGCUCCGUGGUGCCCGGUAAGAGCAGUCUGAGUGUCGGGCCGGUGUCCUACCGAGCACCGGGAAUGGCGGCUUUGGUUUUAACCGGCAAAGCUCUUCACGCGCAGCUGUCCGUGGUCAUGGGCGCGCUGACCAAAGCGGCGGUGGCGGAGAUCUGCGCGGUGGUGGACGAAGGCUACGCGGUGCUGCAGAUGGAGAUCUCGCGGAGCCACCGGGAGAACGAGGACCUGAAGAAGAAACUUCACCUCAUAGAGUCCAUAGUGGUCCGCGCGGACAGGGGCGGGAAGGCGGUGGCGGAACCGGGGUUUGUAUCGAACGCGGAGAACGCGGAGAGCGCGGCGAACGCGGAGACGCGGCAGCAGCGGCAGGACAGCGAAGGCGGAAACACAGCCGCUGGAGGGGAUGUGGUGUUGGUGCAGGAGGAGCUUCCAGACGUGGUCUUGAUCAAAGACGAGGACUCGGACAGUGACGACAGCUUUGACGAAGACAUCAGGACACCGGCUGACGGCGGGACGGCUGCAGCCAGAGAGUGCGUCAUGUCGACGCCGGUCGGCCGCCGCAUGAAGAGACCGUGGCCCGGGUGCGAGGCGGCGGCGCAGCGGCAGAGCGCGCCCGUCUUCACGCUGGACGCUCCACGCGGCGAGCCGGGCUGCUGCGGCCAGGAGACGGAGGCCGGUGACACGUCCCUCGGGUCCUCCUACUCGGCGCCGAUGGACCCGGACUCCACGCUGCUGCCGCCGAACAGACCGCCGUACUACGGCAACGGCGCCCUGGUCCCGUCCCAGUCCCCCGCAACCAGACCGGAACCAGAUCUCAGCCUGACGUGGACCAAACAGCCGAAAGCCCACAUGGCGUUUUCUCACUUUGACCCCAACGACAGCCUGGACGACGGCGGCGGCGACGCAUUCGGACUCAAGCUGAUCAGCGUGACCGGGUCCACCGCCACGGACUGCACGCUGUCCGAAGGAAGCAACUCGGCGUUCGAGUACGACGACGGCGACGUGGGGAACUUCCCGCCGUACGGGGACCAGACCGGGGGACCCCCGCAGCUCGGCAUCGGGCAGCCGGGGAGCCGCGCCCGGCGCUACGUGUGCGCCGUCUGCGCCAAGACCUACGCCACGUCCCAGAACCUGGACGUGCACAUGCGGAUCCACACGGGCCAGCGGCCGUUCAGCUGCGCCCAGUGCGGGAAGAAGUUCACGCAGUCGGCGCACCUGAAGUCGCACCUGAGCGUGCACUCGGGCGAGCGGCCGUACGUGUGCGCCGUCUGCUCCCGCAGCUUCAUCGUCAAGUACAGCCUCAAGUUACACGUGAAGAAGUGUCACCCUGACGCGUGAAGGACCGGCCGGGGGUCCCCAAAAUGUCCUGUUCUAUAAAUACCCCGUUUAUAAAAUGGAGGAAGUUGUUGUUUUAAAAGGAUGACUGACAUUUUUUUCCCAGCCUAGACCCUGUUUUCCAGGUUUUUGGGUCUAAGUGACUGAAGGGAAUCACGA